CAAAAAUCAUCCACUGUAUAUUUUCAUCAGGCAAACAGAAUAAUUAAACAGAAAUGUUGAAUGAAAAAAAUGGAGACACCAGCACCAACUGGGCUCGUAUAUGCGACACGUGCCAAUCCGCCGCGUGUACUGUGUACUGCCGGGCCGACACGGCCUACUUGUGCACUGGCUGCGACGCCCGCAUCCAUGCCGCCAACCCGGUGGCUUCUCGGCACGAGCGCGUGAGGGUGUGUGAAGCCUGUGAACGUGCUCCGGCUGCCUUUUUAUGCAAAGCUGACGCCGCAUCCCUCUGCACCACCUGUGAUGCUGACAUCCACUCGGCCAACCAACUAGCACGCCGCCACCAACGCGUCCCCAUUUUGCCGAUUCCAGGCUCACUCUUCGGCCCCCUCGCCCCCUCCCCAAGUGCAUUAAUAAUGACUCCAACUGGUGAAACCGAUGCAGACGAAGAGAUGGAAGAAGCAACUUCAUGGUUACUGCUAAACCCUGUCAAGAAUAGUGAAAAUCAAGUGAACAAUGAAGUUGAUGCUUAUUUAGACCUGAAUGAGUACAAUUCAUGUCAAGAAAUUCACUUCACUGAUGAUCAGUACAACAAUCAGAAGCAACGUUAUAAUGUUCCUGAUGAUGAUAAAAAAAUGUACGGUAGUGAUAGUGUUGUGCCAGUUCAGUAUGGAUCAAAGGGUAAAGAAGAGGUUGAUCUAAACAGUUUUCAGUUAGGGAUCGAGUUUGAUAUCUCCAAUGAUGGCUACGGUUAUCCAGUUAUGGAUAUUGGAGUUGUACCAGAAUCAAGAUUGAGUGAAGUUUCUUCAUCAGUCUCCCAGCAAAGACCCUCUAAAGACACAGUUGAUCUUUUCUCAAAUUCACCUAUCCAGAUGCCAACACAACUUUCUGGCACGGACCGAGAGGCCCGCGUCUUAAGGUAUCGGGAGAAGAAGAAGAUGAGGAAGUUCGAGAAGACAAUUAGAUAUGCAUCGAGGAAGGCCUAUGCAGAAACCCGACCCCGGAUCAAAGGUCGAUUUGCAAAAAGAACAGAUAUUGAUCAAAUGUUCUAUACAAGUCUAAUAGUCGAUAGUACUCGAUAUGGCAUCGUACCCUCAUUUUGAGCCGAUGCAAGAAUCAAAAGCUUUUUUUUUUUUUUUUUAUAAAGAAAGUUUAAGGAAUUUUCUUUUAGGAUUUGUACAAAUCAAUUCUGCAGCUCCCGCUAAGCACAUAUACAUAUACACUAUAAUUUUAUCAUUCA